AUGAGGCGCAUGCGCGCGGUGGGCGGGCGCUGGGACAGCGGCGCGGCGCGGGGGGGGCGCGCGGCUCUCGGUGCCGCCGCCGGGAGCGGCGGGCGCGGCGGGGCCGCGGAGGCGGGCGGCGGGCGGCAGGGCUGGCGGGGCGAGUCGCGGGGGUCGCCGCAGCAGCUGGCGGAGCGGUACGCGGACCUGGCGGCCAGCCACAGCGAGGCGCUGCGGCAGCGGGAGGAGCGCGAGUGGCACAACGCGCGGCUGCGCCAGGAGAACGCGCGGCUGCGGCUGGAGAAUCGCCGCCUGCGCCGCGAGAACCGCUGCCUCUUCCGACAGGCCCUGCUGGGGCCCGGCCCUGACAAGCCCCCCGCCGACCCGGGCGAGGAGGCGGAGGCCCUGCGCGCCCAGCUGGGGCGGCUGCAGGAGAAGCACCGCCGUGCCUUGCGGCACCUGCGGCGCUGCCGGGCCGCCGGCGGGCCCGAGGCCUCGGGAGCCGAGGACGGGGAGUUGGACGAGCUGCUGCUGGACGAGGACGAUCAGCCGCUGGAUAAGAAGAGCCUGGUGCCGGCCGUGUAGGCGGCCCCGGUGGAGGGGGCGGCGCCGGCCAGCGCUGCCGGCCCUCCCCGCCGCCACGGGAUGUAUACCCCGGAAGCGCUGACGGUGAUCGAGGAGAACCAGGUUCAUGUGGGAAACUGACGCUUGGAAGACGAGAGGAAUCCCUCGAAGCGGCUGUUGUCAUGGAGAAAAGAAGCGCGGUGAACAGAGCACUUGAUCUCGUGUCAUCCCACAGCACUGAACUGUGCUUCCUUUGGGGACCAGCUGUGGAUCACCUUUUUUUUCUUGAGUUAGCGACUGUCGUGUAGGCUUCAAGAGCAAUGGAGACUGACUAGUUCUUAGUAGUCGGUGUAUGUUAGGCAGAGGAGUGGAGGAAGCUUGAAAGCUUUUGUCAGUGCUCCAGUAAAAGUUGAUGAUCAUUUGAACUAUGAAUUGCCUUGGACACUUAACUGCAGAACACUAUUUGUAUUUUUAAUGAUGGACUUUGUUCACUAUCACAUGAAUACUGAUUUGAAUUUCACAUUUUCACACAAAACUGCAGCUAAUCAAUAAAAUUACGAUACACCAAA